AUGCAACAAAAGAAGUAUGAUGAUGUGAAAGCAGCUGAAUUGAAACUAUGUUGCUAUAUAGCAGACAAAAAUUUACCAAUGCUACUAAUGGAUACCCUUCCAUUAUUAAAUAAAGAGCUGUAUCCAGAUUCUAAUAUUGCCAAAAAUCUUAAAAUAAAAAGAUUAAAGGCAACUAAACUUAUCACUGGAAUAUUGGGGCCAGCUUUUAAAGCAGAAAUAGUAAUGGAUUUAAAAUUAGAGAAAUUUUCUAUAAUAAUUGAUGAGACCACUGAUGUGAGUUCAAAAAAAUCUUUGGUUAUUGUGGUUAGAUAUUGGAAGGAAGGGAGAGUCCAAGAUCAGUUUUUUGAUCUAGUAGCAGUUGAAGAUGCAACAAGUGAGGCACUUUUCAAUAUAAUUAAAAAUAUUUUAAGUGUGAAUAAUAUACCUUUCGAAAAUAUUAUUGGCUUUGGGUCCGACAAUGCGAGCACUAUGAUGGGAACUGUAAAAGGUGUCCAAGCAAGAUUGAAAGAAAUUUUACCACAUAUUUAUGUGCAAGGAUGUACUUGUCAUUCCCUUCAUCUCUGUACUUCGGCUGCUGCAAAAAAUCUCCCCAACAAUGUGGAACAAUUCACUAGGGAUAUAUACGCUUAUUUUGCUCAUAGUAAUAAGCGACUAUCUGAGCUUAAGGGAGUGCCAGAUAUUUGCUAA